UUCCAGGGGACCCCUGUGGUCAAAGCAGCUACCAGGGAGAUCGGCCGCAGCCCGUUAUGAAUCCGUGUGGCCGAUUCAAAUGUGGCGUGACAGCAGAGAGCACGAAUAACUGCACCUGCAACAUUCCUACCGCUACUGUGCAGCCUUUUGUACAGGUGGUGAAUGGAGAUGGCUUCACCACAUGUGCUUAUGUGGACGUGUGUGGGUCAUACUUCAAGAACCCCUGCUACGUGGGAGCAUGCAUCAACGAUGGCAAGGGCUCCUACUCCUGCAUCUGCCCUCCCAAUCACGUAGAAAGCAUAACCAUUUACGGCUUCCCAACCUGCGAUCCAG